AUGGGCUCUUAUCGCGUUGAGGUGGCGUCCUCCGGCCGCGCUGGCUGCAACGGCCCAGCUUGUAAGAAGAACAAAGUAAAGAUCCUAAAAGGCGAGAUCCGUCUAGGAGUCUGGGUUGAAACUGAAAAGUACCAAAGCUGGUCUUGGCGACACUGGGGCUGCGUGACUCCCAAAGUCAUUUCAAACAUUGGUGAUUCCAUUGAUGAAAAUGGAUCGCCAAACUUUGAUGUGCUAGACGGGCUUGACGAAUUGCCCGAAGAGUCCCAGGACAAGAUCAAAAGGGCUGUGAAAGAGGGAGAGGUCCCGGUUGAAGACAGGACCGUUGUUGCUGACAAUGAGACCACUGCAGCAACAGAAGAACCUGCCAAAGCCACCAAGGCUUCCAAGGCCAAGAAGCGCUCUCGUGCUGAUGGCGAAGAGGCCGACGAGACUGCCCCAAAGAAGUCAGGCAAGUCCACUGGUAAAGCAGCAGCAGCAGAGGAAGAGGCCUCUAAAGAAAAGCCUACGAAAGCUACUAAGGCUUCCAAGACCAAGAAGCGCGCUCGUGCUGACAGUGAAGAAGCUGCCGAGGUUGCUCCAAAGAAAGCACGAAAGUCCACUGGAAAAGCAGCUGCAGCGGAGACCGAGAACGGCGCCGGUUCUGACGAUGAAGAAGCCGACGAGGUUCCUUCAAAGAAACCACGGAAGUCUACUGGCAAAGCUGUAGUAGAAAAGGAGACAUCUGAAGAAAAGCCUGCUAGGCGCGGUAGAUCUCGCAAGGCCGUCGAAGAGCCUGUCGAGAAGGUUGCAGAGCCCAAGAAGACCGCAGGACGCAAGAGGAAGGCCUCUGUUACUGAGGAAGAGGGCGCCGAUAAUGCAGAGCCCGAAGCCAAACCAGCAGCCAGGAAGACUCGUAAAAGCGAGGCUACCAACGGUGAAAAGGCCAAGCGCGGUCGCCCUAAGAGGGCUUGA